UGGACUCUGAUCAGACACCACCGUACAUGGAGACUCGCGGACGUAACGGGCGCGUUCCCUGUAAGUCCGUGAGUGCUGAGGCUGUCCAGAUCUUCACUUCAUCAAGUCCAAAAGGAGCCUCAAGCGAACUCUCUGCAGUCCUCCAGAGAGUCCGCACAGGGUGAAGACUUAACCGGACUUGGCUCAGAAAAGUACCCAUAAUCCAUUGCGAGAUGGACGAGAGGAUAUAAGAACUAAAUAAGCGCACCACACCAGAAAAGUUUUACAUAGAGGCUUGUGAUGAUGGCUCCGUGGAUGUCCUGGCUAUUGACAGGGUGUCAACUGAGAUGACCCUUACAGUGAGGAGGGACAUCCCUGCAUCAGCUGAGACCAGGCCAAUAUGUGGACUCAUGGGGACUAUACGUUUGGUGGCAGGCAUGUACCUGGUUGUUAUCACAAAGAAGCAGAAGGUGGGAGAUUUGCUCAGCCAUGCUGUGUGGAAGGCUCUGGACUUUGACAUCAUCUCCUAUAAGAAGACAAUACUACACCUGACAGACAAUCAGAUGCAAGACAACAAGACUUUCCUGUCGAUGAUCAACAAUGUGCUUCAUACAGACGGCCUCUACUUUGCAACAGACUACGACCUGACCCACACUCUUCAGCGACUGGCCAACACCAGCCCUGAAUUUCAGGAGAUGAGCCUUCUAGAGAGGGCAGAUCAGCGUUUUGUCUGGAAUUGCCACCUGCUGAGGGAAUUCAUUGCCCAGCCAGAGUUACACAAGUUUGUGUAUCCUGUUGUCCAUGGCUUCAUCACCAUGAAUUCAAGCUGCAUCAAUGGAAAGAUGUUUGAGUGGAGUAUUAUCUCCAGGAGGAGCUGUUUCAGAGCCGGUGUCCGCUACUAUGUCCGAGGCAUUGAUUCCGAAGGCCAUGCUGCUAACUAUGUAGAAACAGAGCAGAUAGUGCAGUACAACAGUGCCAAGGCUUCAUUUCUUCAGACAAGAGGCUCCAUCCCCUUAUAUUGGUCUCAAAGGCCCAACCUCAAGUACAAGCCAAAACCACAGAUCAGCAAAACAGUCAACCAUUUGGAUGGAUUCCAGAGACACUUUGACUCACAGAUUAUUCUUUAUGGAAGACAAGUCAUUUUGAACUUGAUCAACCAAAAAGGCUCAGAAAAGCCAUUGGAGCUGGCAUUUGAAAAAAUGGUGACCAGCUUGGGUAAUUGCAUGAUCAAGUACAUAGCAUUUGACUUCCAUAAGGAGUGCAGUCGGAUGAGGUGGCACCGCCUGCAGAUCUUAUUGGACAUGGUGGCUGAAAUUCAGGAUGAAUUUGGAUAUUUCCUGGUGGAUGCAGAUGGGAAGGUGCUGUUGAACCAGGAGGGGACCUUUCGGAGCAACUGCAUGGAUUGUCUGGACCGUACCAAUGUCAUCCAGAGCCUGCUGGCCCGACGGUCGUUGCAGUCGCAGCUGCAGAGAAUGGGAGUCCUGCACGUUGGCCAGCAAAUUGAGAAGCAAGCAGACUUUGAGAAGAUGUACAAGAAUGCCUGGGCAGACAAUGCUGAUGCCUGUGCCAAGCAGUAUGCUGGUACUGGUGCUUUGAAGACAGACUUCACUAGGACAGGGAAGAGAACUCAGUGGGGGCUGCUGAUGGAUGGCUGGAACUCCAUGAUCCGAUAUUACAAAAACAACUUCUCUGAUGGUUUUAGACAGGACUCCAUUGAUCUAUUCCUGGGAAACUAUGCUGCAGAGGAAGCUGAUUGGCCCACCCCACUGCGUGACACCAAAGACUGGAAGUUUCUAACGUUGCCUAUCAUCAUGGUGGUAGCAUUCUCUAUGUGUAUCAUCUGCCUGCUAAUGGCUGGUGACACGUGGACUGAGACUUUGGCCUAUGUUUUGUUCUGGGGAACAGCCAGCGUGGUGACAGGCGGCCUCAUCCUCUUUAAUGGACGUGACUUUGUAGAUGCUCCCAAGCUGGUUCAGAAGGAGAAGCUGGACUGAAUGUGUGUGUGUGGAAAGCAGCUAGGCCCUGGCGAGCUCACCGCCUCAUCCACUAGCUCAUCACUUUACCCCAAGCAUCAGAAGCCCUGGAGCCUUUACUAACAGAGGGGGAAGUGGAGGAGGGUGGUGGGCAGCAGGGCCGGCCUCGUGUACAACAAAAGUGGAAAGACAGAGACUGGAAGUGCACAGGCCUGCUGCUGUCCACACUGCAGCGAUUAUCAUGUGGACGGGACUGUCUGUCCACAGAUUUUACUUGAGUUUGUUCUGACUGGAUGUCAUUGUUCCAGAUUUCAGAGCAAUGCAGUGGGACCUACAUAAAAUUUCCCAUUUUUCUAACUGAAUUGGGAUCAGAUUCAGAACAGCUGCUGUAAUGUCACAGCACUGCUGCAAAUGAUUUACUGUAUGUGCUGUUAAUUUCCAUUUUGUCUUUUUCUUUUUGCUAUUGCCAAUAUGUUUAUCCAUGUACAGUAACUCUGUUCCAGGUUAACUGCUGCCUGUUUUGAAGUAUGCAUUUCAAGACCAGUAAUGGGGUCAAUAAGGCUGCCCUGUUCCAAAGGCUCCAAGAAAUCCAGCUGUCUUUUGCCAAAAUUUUAAUUACACAGCCAGUGGACAAGCUGAUCAAAAUGACUGCUUGGUUGGAUGGAGUUUUGGUUGGAUUUGGGAAGGAGAAGUCAUGUAAUUUCAGAGUAUCAUCAGCUUGAUGAGGAUCACCCAAAUACAUGAUUGACUUUUGUCUUUGUAAAGGUAGAUUUAUGUUUUUUUUUAUCAAUGGGCCUCAUGCAAGAACCACUCAUAUGAACAGAUUCUUUCUGUGUGAGAUUUAAGAGAACUCGUGGCAUAUGUUCAGAAUUUUCUGAGGUAUGAACCAAAUUCAUGAGUGGUCUAGGUCUGUCAAACCAGUCAGAUAGUUUGACUCACAUUUGACCACUUUUGACUGGAAAUCAUAAAGCCUUAAAUUUGAAUGAGUUUUACAUUAUACUGAACUGAACUCAAAAUAUAUAAAUAAAACAGACUUGAUGCAAAAGGAAUAUUCUGAUCACCAGAUCAUCAUCGUCAUCAUCACAGCUGCCAAAUUACUGAGAGAAGAUUUAAAAAUUUUUUUAAUUUUUACUGGCACAUUUCAUCAUAGCAACUUCUACAUUACAGAAAGUGUUCCAGGGUCUUCAUGCAGGUCUCUGUCCAGUACUCUGUGGCAUCCAAAACCUUAGGCUCUAAUAUUCUCUCCUCUCUGUCACAGUAUAGCUCUGCUUUGAUGACACGUCGUGGGUAGCUUUAUUAAUAUUUUCUAAUUGUUACAGGUCCUCUAGUACAACUACUGAUACUGACAGACUUAUCUUUUUUUCUGCUGAAGCUGCGCAGUGUGAAAUUCUUCUUUUUACUCUUUGAUAACAUUUUUGUGAGUGAAACUUUGCCACAAAUGGAGUAGAAUAAGUAACCUUUUAUGAAAAUGUUUUCGCAUGAGGCCCAGUGUAUUCCAGGUGAAUGUAUUCUGGAUUGACUAUAAGACUGCAAGACCUACAUGGAGAGACACAAAUCUGACUUAAGGCCUAGACCAUGUCAUUUUUUGAGGAGGUACAGGUUCAGCCCACUUCAGACCUCUGAAAAUUACACCUUACUUUCGCAGGCAACACAUGGGUUGGGACAGAGUUGCGCCUUAUUUUCUCCAUUGCCAUCUGGUGUUAUAAGGCUCCUUGGUGGUUUUAAUAGUUGGUGAGUUUGGGAAAUGUAGUCUGGCUCUGAAAGGAGUGGCUGACUGAAAUCGAACUAUUGUCUUUAACCUGAAUCCAUUAUAUUUGGUAAUUACUUAAAGGUUUUUAUUUCUAUGUAUUGUGGUUUAUGGUAAAACCCUAAAAAAAAGUAUAUUUAGCUUGUUGGAGACUCUCCAUUCCAUGCUGUAGAGAAAUGUUGAUUAGGUUUUUGAAAAUGCCAUAUAGCUUAAUUACCUUAAUUAAUAAUAUAUUCAUGAAAAUUAAGUAUCCAGUUGUUUAAAGGACAUUUCUUCAGUAUUUUUGAUUGGUUGUGUUGUUCCUGGAGAAAACAAUGAACAAAAUCUAAACUAUAUCUGACAAGUUGAUUUAUUGUUUUUUUUUUUUUUUUGAGAAGUCGUCAGUCAAGUUUCAGAAAUGUAGAUCAUGAUUUCAAUGCCAUUCUGUUGCAGAGAAAUCUGAGAAAUCCUUCUUGUAUAAGAUCAUUGUGUGUCUAUGUUGUAGUCUUCCACCCUUUUCAGAAAGAUUUUAGAAGGAUUCAGAUGAGAAAAGUCGCCUCAUGCAGACAGUCUGAAUGAUGAGGUAUCAGAACACUAAUGACAGGAUCAGUUCUUGACCAGUACAGUCAUAUCUGUGUCUAACAGGACCAAACUUGAUGAGUAUAUUACUUUGCAUUCCAUUCAGUAUCAUCGGAUUUCACAAGCACUGGGCUUGUAUGAAUGUUUGAAACAAUUUCAGCCUUGCUUCGCUACGAGAAUUGAUUUAGUACAACAUUAAAAAAAAACUGUUCCCUUUAUAACGGCUAACCUCAGCUACUGUAGGUAGUUAACACUGAGCAGUUUCUAAAUCUUUUCUAGCCUGUUGCUCCAUGUUUAGGUCCCAAAAUUGUCAUAUCCCUGCAAUUAGACAGCUGUCAAGUUGUCAUGUGAUUGUGAUGUGAACUGUAUUUACCGGAUCAUGGAAGGAAUAAUGUUAGACAUUUUAGUUGAACAUGUGCCAGUUUGCAACAUGUCAGUCCUAGAUAUCUCCUGCAGCUUUCUUGGCAUACCAGGCAUAAUGCAUAAUGCCCCCGAGGUUAAUAAACUCUGAAACAGGAAGUUGGCAGCUAUAGCAAAAUAAUCUAUACAGCUUAUGGGAAAAGAUUUUGACUGUUCAAGAACUUAAAGGCUAAACCUGGUGUUAAUAAUUUUGUUUUUGGCAACAAAUACCAUGAAAAGUUUAUAAACAACAAUGUGUUAGUGCAUCUUUCAACACUUCCUGACUUCCCUUCUCUGUCUGUGGCGCUCAGCUCCAACUUCACUGGUUCCUACUGAGGAUGUAAAUCUUAAAAAACACCUCACAAAUAUAUAGUUUCAUUUUGAAAAAGGCUCAGUAAUUCCGUAAAACAUCUGAUCACUGCAGUUUUUAUUGAACAAACAGGAGGAAGUAGUACAUUUGUUGUUCAGUGGUGGAUUAACCCACAUUUUGUACUCUGGAGUAUUUAGGGCAGCAGUACAGUAUUGUGAGAUUGAAUCAAAAUAAAUUACAGUGUGUGCAUUCAUGGUGAUGAAGCAACAUGUCACCCAGUGCAACAGUGUGACUCACUGAUUGUGUUUUGAUAGUUUGGUCAACAUUGGAGCUCUAUGGCACAGAGGAAUCAGAUAUAUCAGGCUUCGAUACACACACUGUACUUGUGAGAGGGAUACAUGCACUGUUGGUUUGUGUCUGCUCAUGGGAUUUGUUGACAAUAAAAUAUAUAGACUAUCACCAGACUUGUACUAUAAUGACAGUGUUAUGAGCAGUCAUUAAAAAAAACAAUGCUGAGUCGUUUGUUUUUCAAACCCACAUGGAUCCGAGUGGACUAUUCCACUAAUAAUAGAGCCACAGGUAACAAAUAUAAAAUAUAACUUGUUUUUACACAUUUGUAUACCCUUAUUAAAUGUAAACCUAAUGUACACUCUACUGUGUAUGUAACAUGCUAUGUACAGUAUAUGUUAUAUGUAGGAGAAGUUAGAUAGUUUUCUUGCUCUAUUAAUUUAAAGCAGUGAUGAGACCGUGGCCUUUGCCAUGAUUGACAGCAUAUGUCAGCUACAAAGUGAUCUGGAAUUCAGCACUUAAAUAUGUGAGUUUUCAAGCACGAGAGCUCUAAAGAGACCAGUUGUAUGAUCCGAAACUGUAGGAACGUCAGCCUAACAGUUUCAAAUAAAAUUAAAAAAAACAAAAAACCCAAUAAUGGAAUGUGCCAACAAAAACAGCCAAAAGGAACAGUGGUCAAGAGUUGUUGCUAACCAGUGGAAAUGAGGGACAUGUACAGUAUGUAGCCUCAUAUGACCUAUCUUUUAUAGCACAAAUGCCAGGAUGAGUUCAGGGGAUGAACACAAUAUCAUGAACAAUGUAAUGUUCAGUUUCUGUUGAGACCACAUUAUUUUGAUGUGAAAAUAUUUAGACUUUCACAUGGUACAUUGUGUGGAAAGCAGCAUCAGUUGGAUUCUACUGAGGCCCCACUGAACCUGCUAAGAUUGAUGCAGGAGAAACAGACUGUAUGUAUUUUCAGUAUAUGCUCUUUCAUUCCAACUCUUCCUCUUCUAUUCUUUCAUGCCUUUACUCACUCAUCCUUAACCCACCAUGCCAGACUGCUGCUUUACGAUACUGUUUAAUGAGGGGGCAUUUGUCAUUACUUUACAUAAUCAUUUUUUGCUGCCCCUUUAAGCUGCUCUUCAUUGUCAGUAUAUACCUCUGCCAAACUGAAAAUCUAAAAAGCUAUUACCUAAUUACAGGAGUGUUUUUUAUGUUGCCUGAUGUUUUUGUCACUAAAAACUCCAGACUGCCAAUGACAUGCUUUCUUUGACAGCAGUUGUAGUGGUGCAGUAAUAAACAGGGCAGAUGAUUAUUGUAGUGUCCUAGUCUUUCUUUCAGCUUUGUUGUCAACAUGGUGUGAAAAAGUGUCAGCUCACAGGUGGAGA